AUGGCUAAUUCGUCGCGUCUCUUGGGCCUGCCUGCGGAGCUGCGGCAAAAGAUUAUCGAGAAGACAUUCACCAUUGUGUGUAAAGUAGGAACGAGGCGUUUGGUCUUGGAAUGUCCCAUGCGGGGGAUCUGCCAACUACUCCAAGCCGAUUACAACUUCGUAAUCCAAAGCUGGCUCCCGGACCCCCGCGACACAACCGUCUUCGCAGCCCUCACCAACCCAGAUUGCAUCGGGGAUCUCGCAAACUGGAAUGCCCGCUUCCAGAGAGUGGCCGCAGCUUCAAACCGCACCUGGGCUGGAGUAGAGGAGGUCACUCUCAUGGUCUUCAGCAACCGAGUACCGUUGUGGAAGCCGAUCCGCAACAACCAGAGGAUUGUCUACAAGGACUACGACAUGCGCAACCGCUUCGAAUACUUUGUGUACACCCAUUGGGGAAUACAUCUGCUUCCUAUCCCCAGCUCCGUGAGACACCUCAAGCUGGACAUGACGGUCUCACAGGAUACCAUCGACCGCAAACUCGAGCAAUGGGAUGAAAAGUGGGGUGCGGAUGCUCAGCUCAUCCAUCCCAUCUAUCCCAUUAAUCUGGCUCAUCCCUUUGUGGGCACUAAGGCUCACAAGAGGUACUGCUUCCAGCAGAUGUUCUGGGUGACUCUAUUCAACUCUGUCGAGCUUUCGGCGCGUCAGAUUCUGCAAGGUCGUGCGCCGGGACUACUUACGAGGGACAUCGAGCAAUCGGACGGCCGUGUUAGUAUCCCGGGCCUCACUAUUGAGAUUGUCGGAGAGCUUCCGGCGAGCCAGGUCGAGGCGUUGGUGCUCAUUACAGGAGUGGCGUUGUUGUGGAGGAACACGUGGAGUAAGAUCUUCGCGAACUAUACUAAGGGCGUUAUUGAAAGGAUAGAGGCCAAUACUAAGGACGAAGGCUAG